ACCGCAAUUUUCACCUUACAGGAACCGCUGGCGGUGGGCCGGCGGACAUGGUCAAGCGUGGACUUGCGGGGUCGCUGUCGACUGUCUUUUGACGACGUGGCGUCCCUUUGGCCGGAUCGCCCUUCUGCGUUUCCUGGGGUCCCCUUCGCGACUCGCACGUCAGCCAUGGAUACAAAUCGGCAGAUACACGAGCGAGUGGAGCACCGGCGGAGACAGUGUUACAUCUAAACAGGCGGAGUCUUGGAAAGGUACGAGCAGCACUUAGUCGGAGUCUCGGAGAGAGGCGAUCGAUCGGAAUUAAUGGGUGUGGAGGUGUCGGACGUGGAGUUCGUGAAAGCACGCACGGACAAGCGGGAGUAUCGGGGGAUCGUCCUCCCCAACGCUCUCGAGGUCCUCCUCAUCAGCGACCCCGAAACCGAUAAGGCUGCUGCUUCCAUGGAUGUUCGUGUGGGUUCCUUCUGUGAUCCAGAGGGGCUUGAGGGCUUGGCUCAUUUUCUCGAGCAUAUGCUGUUUUAUGCUAGUGAAAAAUAUCCAGAAGAAGAGAGUUACGGAAAGUACAUCACAGAGCAUGGUGGUUCCACUAAUGCUACUACAUCUUCUGAGAGCACAAAUUUCUAUUUUGAUGUCAACGUAGAUUGCUCCGAAGAGGCCUUGGAUAGAUUUGCACAAUUCUUUAAUAAGCCGUUGAUGUCUGCCGAUGCCACUCUUAGGGAGAUAAAAGCUGUGGACUCUGAGAACAAGAAGAACCUAUUGUCCGAUUCCUGCAGGAUGAUUCAGCUUGAAAAGCAUCUCUCUUCAAAGGACCACCCAUAUCAUAAAUUCAGUACUGGAAACUGGGAAACAUUGGAAAUUAAACCAAAAGAGAAAGGCUUGGACAUAAGACUUGAGCUAAUUAAAUUCUAUGAAGAAAGUUACUCGGCCAACCUCAUGCACCUUGUUGUAUAUGGAAAAGAAAGCCUUGACAAUUUACAAAGUCUAGUGGAAAGCAAAUUCUCAGAUAUUAGAAAUAUUGGAAGAGAACAUUUUCAAUUUCUUGGUCAACCUUAUUCAAGUGAACAUCUUCAGAUUCUGGUAAAAGCGGUUCCAAUAACGGAAGGUGAUGUAUUGAGAAUAAAAUGGCAAAUCACUCCUACCUUACGGUAUUACAAAGAAGGGCCUUGCAAUUACCUUAGUCAUCUUAUUGGGCAUGAAGGAGAGGGAUCUCUAUUUUAUGUUUUGAAAAAGUUGGGAUGGGCUCUCAGUUUGGUAGCUGGGGAAGCAGGUGCCAACUUUGAAUAUUCCUUUUUCUUUGUAAGCAUUGGGCUCACUGAUGCAGGCCAUGAGCAUAUUGAAGAUAUCAUUGGGUUGUUGUUCAAAUAUAUACGCCUGUUGCAGAAUUCUAGAUUCCCAGAAUGGAUUUUUAAUGAGAUUUCAGCGAUAUCUAAGACACAGUUUCAUUAUCAAGACAAAGUCCCUCCAAUUAGCUAUGUUGUUAGUAUUGCUUCAUGCAUGCAGUUUUUCCCACCGGAAGAUUGGUUAGUCGGAGGUUCAUUGCUCUCGAAGUUUGUCCCGAGCAGAAUACAAAUGAUACUGGAUGAGCUGACUCCCAGUAAAGUUAGAAUAUUUUGGGAAUCUAAGAAGUUUGAUGGAUCCGCAAAUUUGGUUGAGCCAUGGUAUGGGACACCAUAUUCUGUUGAAAAAGUCACUCCGUCCAUGUUCCAGCAAUGGAUAGAAAAAGCUCCUAACGAAAAUCUGCAUCUUCCGAAGCCAAAUGUAUUCAUCCCAACUGAUUUAACCAUCAAACUUGUGCAAGAAAAGGUUAAGGUUCCAAUAAUGUUGAGGAAAUCAUCAUUUUCAAGACUCUGGUAUAAACCAGAUACAAUGUUCUUAACUCCCAAAGCUUACAUUAUUAUUGAUUUCAAUUGCCCAUUGGCCAACCAUACACCUGACCAAGAAAUCCUUACUAGUCUUUAUGUGAGGCUAUUAUUGGAUUAUUUGAAUGCUUUUGCUUACGAUGCUGAUAUUGCUGGUCUUUCUUAUUCAAUCCAACAGACUGUUACUGGAUUUCAGGUGAGAGUGGCUGGUUUCAAUGACAAAUUGAAGAUUUUAUUGGAUGAUAUAAUUAGUCAGAUUGAGAAAUUUGAAGUAAAACUAGACCGCUUCUCUGUUUUGAAGGAAUCUAUGACUAAGGAGUACCAAAAUUACAAAUUUAUCCAACCAUGUUCUCAAGCUUCAUACAAUUGUUCGAUGAUACUUGAGGAUCAAAUGUGGCCUUGGGUUGAGAAUUUUGAGGCCCUUUCUCAUCUUGAGGCAGAUCAUCUUUCUGAAUUCGCACCAAAGUUGCUCUUGAGGACCUUUCUGGAGUUCUAUGUUGCAGGAAACAUUGAACAAAGUGAAGCAGAAUCAAUUGUCAAGCAUAUAGAAGAUACUUUAUUUAAUGCUCCCAAUUCUCUAUGCAAACCUUUGUUCCCUUCCCAAUAUAUGUCAAGAAGAGCCGUUAUGCUCGAAAAAGGGCUGAAAUAUUAUCACCAAACUGAGGGCUCAAAUCAGAAGGAUGAGAAUUCUGCGCUUAUCCAGUAUAUUCAGACUCAUCAAGAAAAUGUCAAGUUAAAUGUCAGACUUCACCUAUUUUCUUUUGUUGCCAGCCAACCUGCCUUCCACCAGCUUCGCACAGUUGAGCAACUUGGUUACAUAGUAUACCUAUCAACAAGAAAUGACUAUGGAGUCCGAGGUCUAGAGUUUGUGAUUCAAUCAACUUUGAAGGACCCAAGGCAUCUUGAUACUAGAGUUGAUGCUUUUCUUACAAUGUUUGAAAAGAAAAUAUAUGAAAUGCCUGAUGCAGAGUUCAAGAGAAAUGUGAAUGCGCUCAUUGAUGUGAAACUGGAGAAAUUCAAGAACAUUUGGGAGGAAUCAUCAUUUUUCUGGGCAGAAAUUUGGAGUGGAACUCUCAUGUUCGAUAGGAUGGAGGCCGAUGUAAAUGCUUUCAUCUUACAACUUCAAGUUGAAGCAUUAAAGAAACUUACCAAGGAAGAAUUCAUUGACUACUUCAAUCAAUACAUUAAAGUCGAUGCCCCAAAAAGGAAGACACUUAGCGUGCAAGUAUAUGGGCGAAAUCAUUACGAGGAGUACAAAAAGAUAAUUCAGGAAGAGCAAUCCCCCAAGACAUACAGAAUCAAAGAUAUAUUCAGCUUCAGAAGGUCCAGGCCACUGUUCAGUUGGUCGAAAGGAGGCUCCAGCCACAUGGAACUUUAAAUUCCCUUAUUACCACUAAAUCAAAGAGACUUCCUGUGGAACUUAUUGAAACAAAAGAAUUGAGAAAUUUUCAGUAUGUUAUUCAUCUAAAUCCAUUUUCUUAUAUAGAGAGGAAAAAAGCUUUACAUGGAAGUACAUGAUUAUAUUCUGUUAUACAAAGAAAUAAUCAAAAGGAUAUAGAAAUAUUACUAUCCUAAUAA